AUGUUUAUUUGUGGUGUGUGCAGUAAAAAAUUUAGCCAACUAACGAGCCUUAAAAAUCACAAAAAGGUCCAUAAAAAUCGCUACCAAGUUGAAGAUGAUACCAAUAUUAGUAUGGAUAGUUAUAAUUCUGAUGAAUUUGAUAAUAUAAUCAGACAAAAUUAUUAUCAUAUAGAAGGCGAAACUGAUACCAGCAUGGAUACUUAUAGUUUUGACAAAUUGGAUAUUAAAAGCAGACAAAAUGACUAUCAUUAUAUUGAUGAUGAGAUCGACACUAGUACUGAUUCUUAUGGUUUUGACGAAUUAGAUGUUAUAAGCAGACAAGUUGAUAACUUGAUAUUUGAUGAUCAAGAAAGCGAUAAUGAGUCUAACUCAACAUUUGAUACCCAAAGCAUCGCUGGUGGAUCGAAUCUAGUAUUUAAUGACCAGGAAAUCAUUAAUGAAUUUAACCAAUUCGAUUGUCAAGAGAUUUCAGACCAAAAUAUUACUUGCGACAUGAUCAUGAAUGAAGUUGAUAAAUUGCAGAGUGAUGAAAGUGAGCAUAGCGAUGAUAAUGAAAUGGAUAGUUCAGGUUUUUCAAGCACCGCAUAUCAAGAAUUCAUAAAUAUAGUAAUUAUUUUACUUGCUAAUUUAGUCAAAUUGUGUUUCCCAGUGUCAACGGACAAGGGAUCGUUGUCAGAUACUAAUUAUCUUUAUGGUCAAAAUUUUG